UCUUACUGUAUUGCGGCAGAACAACUUGAUCAACUCUGUGUGAUACGUCAUGUAUCGGUCGACCUUUUUUAGUUUCACUUUUGCUAUUUUCAUGGAAUCACUUUUAUUCCGAAAUCAACUACUUUCACAUUGUCUAUUGUGUUGCUGGGAAAAAACAAUCAAACCAUUGUUUUGAUUUAGCCAUAUAUCGUCUUUUUUUUUACAUCGUUAAAGAUACCAAAAUAAUGGCAGACAGUACGACACUUGAAACGAAGUUUUGUUCAAACUGCAAAAGAGAGAUAAAUGCCACAAAUUUCAUGAUGCACGAGAUGCAUUGCAGACGGCAUAUCUCACUUUGCACACACUGUCAGGAGCCAAUCCCCAAGGCUGAGAUGGAGAUCCACUUUGAGGAAAGCCAUGCCAAAAUCAACUGUGGAAAAUGUAACCAGGCAGUGGAAAAAAUGUAUUUGGAAGAACAUGAGGAACAAGAAUGUCCGAAACGCCAAAUGAAGUGUGCAUAUUGUGAAAUGGAUGUUGCUCAGCAGGAUCUUGAGACACAUCUUGGCUACUGUGGCACACGAACAGAACCUUGUGCUCGCUGUGGCCAGUAUAUCAUGAUCAAAGAUCAGGUUAAACAUGAGGACAGUAAUUGUACCUACCCACAACCAAAACUAACAAAUAGUAAGGAAGUUAAUAGACAGAUGUCCAAUAGUAAUGGUGCUACCAGCAAUGGUGAAGGAGCUAGUGCAGCCUUUUCUGACGACAUGUUGUUUGGCUCAGGAAAUAUGAAUUCUUUUGAGUUUAAAGAAAUUCAGAGAAUUCUGACAAAGCCAGAAAUUUCUGGAGCAGCAGAAGGUUCAAGUGUCCAUAGAAGUCGUUCUGAAGCUGUAAAAACCAAAAAGGCAACAGGAAAGAAAUCAAACGACAAAAAUAAGAAAUCUGAUCUUAACCGUCUGAGAGAGCAAUCCAGCAGUGGUCAGUCUGCGAUGGGUCCCAUCUACAAUGAGGAGCAGGACAGACUUCUGGCUAUGGCUCUGUCCGAUGACCUUCACAGUGCCGAUGGCAUUGAUCAGUAUAUACGGACUAUAGACAAACCAAGAGUUUCUCUCACCCCAGACAGUCCUCUGUAUGAGGACGGCUUCGGAAAUCCAGCAAACUUACACUCAAGUUUUGGAGAUCUGUCUGUUUUACCGUGCGAGUUUUGUGGCCAGGCUAUUCCAGUAGAUGACCUCGUUAUUCAUCAGAGCAACUGCAUAGAAGACCCUCUGAGUUCUCUGAUGCCCCAUGCAGCUUCCUCAGAAAGUCCAAUUCAUGAGCGAACAGAGGACAACCGAUACAGAGGGACAGCCCCUGAGAGUAGACAGCCUCCCCCAAUCAUCAAUAACCUUGUACCAGAAUCCUCUGCUCCACAACAACAAUGGUUUGAACAAAUGAUCUCACCAGAAGAGGAUUUUGCUGAAGAUUUCCUGCUGCCCUGUGAAUUCUGUGAGGAGUUAUUUCCCCAUGAAAUCUUAGUGCAACACCAGGCUGUAUGUAAUGCCAAUGAAACUGUAACACCCAGAGUAACACCCUCCUCAACUAGUAGGAACAUAGAUCCCUCAAACAGACAUCUACCGACAGUGGAUGAGCCCUCACGUGUAAGAAAACGACAGCCUGCACCUGAUAUAGCGAGUAUAUUAAGUGAAAGUCCAGACAAUCGUCGUAGACAGGCUGGUACCUCUUCACGAACAAGUUCCAACCAUAUACCAAAACAUUCACAGCAACUAAAAUCUACCAUGGAGAGGUAUGGUGUAGCAGCUGAUGACACCUACCAAAAGAGAGCGGAGCGUCGCGCUCUUAGGCAUCAAAAUUCCCAUGAAGAUGAGGAGGAUGUGACUCCACGUCCUAGGACAGGGAAAUCAGUGGGGCGAAGGAAUCUUGGUACUAAGAGUACCCUUGAUAGUCUCCUCCAAGUUGAUCCCACAAACUCUGUUAGACCAUCACAUGAUCUUCUUGGUCAUGUGACCCAAACAUCUUCCACUAGGAAAACUAGUAAGGACAAUUUGAAUUCAUCCAGACAGACACGGCCGCUGGGUGGCCCCUCAGUGCCCAGCCAUAGUGUAAGGACAUCUCAGAAGUAUGAUGUGAAUACCUCCAGCUUAUAUGGCAACACAAGUAGAACAAGCAGAGGCAAUGAUGCUGCUGCACCUUCCAGGAGGCCCAAAGAACCACUGACAGCUCGUGACGUCCAAAAUGAACUUGACCUCAUUCCAGGAAAUAGGUCAACAUUAGGAAUUAGUGGUACAACUGGAUCCAGGAGGGCUAGAAAUUCACAGGCCUCUGAGGACCUGGCAGCAUCCAGCAUUCGCACUACAUCUACAACUCCAGGGUCAGCCAGACGGGACAGAGGGAAUGGCAUCUUCUCACAUGGACAGGCAACCAGUUCUAGCUCGACAAACACCCGCUCUACUAGAGCCCCUACACGUGCCCGUCGAGAUCGUGAUCCCUACCACUGAUACAUGGAAUUCUUUAUGUAAGCUUGUCUGUGAAAGGAAACCUGUGAUCCUCUGUAUUCCUGUCUGCUCUUGGAUAAUUUUAUUGUAACCAGGUCUACCAUUGGAUACUAUGAUCUUUGUAACCUGAUCCUCUGUAUUCCUGUCUGCUCUUGGAUAAUUUUAUUGUAACCUGGUCUACCAUUGGAUACUAUGAUCUUUGUAACGUGGUCUACCAUUGGAUACUAUGAUCUUUGUAACGUGGUCUACCAUUGGAUACUAUGAUCUUUGUAACCUGGUCUACUAUUGGAUACUUUGAUCUUUGUAACCUGGUCUACCAUUUGAUACUAUGAUCUUUGUAACUUGGUCUACCAUUGGAUACUUUGAUCUUUGUAACCUGGUCUACUAUUGGAUACUAUGAUCUCUGUAACCUGGUCUUCCAUUGGAUACUAUGAUCUUUGUAACCUGGUCUACCAUUGGAUACUUUGAUCUUUGUAACCUGGUCUACUGUUGGAUACUAUGAUCUUAGUAACCUGGUCUACCAUUGUUUACUUUGAUCUUUGUAACCUGGUCUACCAUUGGAUACUAUGAUCUAUGUAACCUGGUCUACCAUUGGAUACUAUGAUCCUCUGUAACCUGGUCAACCAUUGAUCACUGUCUUGUGAUAUAUCCCUCCAAAGCUAGUUUUCAUACGUCAGCUUAAAGAUCUUGACUCACCAAUCACAGAUUGAAUGAGGUUGACCAUCAGUAUGGUCUUCCCUUGUUGUAAUUAUAUAAAGGACAUACCUGGUAAUAUAUGGAGUCAACACUUGCCAUUGUUACAUAUCAGUUUUUUUCCCAUUCAGCUGUGGGUAGCGGUGUUUCAAAUACAUUUGACAGAAUAUGCUUGUCUAAUAUUAGUAAACUUUCACUUGAACAUCAGACUUUCUCAGAACACAUUUGUCCACACCAUGAGGUGUGUAGGUGAUGUACAGGAGUACAGGACUUAAGAAGAAAUCCAGUUAACAUUGACAGUCUUUCAGCAAUGUGUUGAGUGUCCUACAUAUUUUUAUAUACUGUUAAUUUGAUCAUAACUAGUCAUACUGUAUCAGAUAAUUGUUGAAAGGAAUUGAAAGAAAGAAAACAUCACAAUUUAAAAUUUUGUUAAGAAUUUACAGAACCUAGAUACCAAGAAUGUUUUGUUUAUGACACGGUUCUUUUAUAUAUUCCUCAAUAUGAGCAUGCAAUGUGCGAAAAGUUGAAAUUAAACCAAGUUAAAUCAGUUUUAUGCAUAAAGAAAAAAAUCCUGGCAACUGACUGCAAUCUAGUCCAACUUCCACUGCUUUUUUUUUUGUUUUUGCUCUUUCAGCCAAGCCUUACCCUAAAAUAAAAGAUAGCAGAAUUGAUUGCCACCACCAAGUAGCUCAACUGUCAUUUACACUCAGAUUGGUCGUAAAAAUCAUCAUGAAUACUGAAGAUUCUUUAGAAUCUACAAAAUGUGUACUUGAAAAAAACAAGAAAAAUAGAUUUUAUGAAAAUAAUGUGUACAUUGUUUUGAUAUAUUUGCUUUUUCACUUAUGAGGUUGUUUUAAUUACAUGUAACCUAAAGAAACUCACUCUAAUGCACUUAUUUCUGUGUCUGUGAAAUCUGUAGAGGCAUAGGAUUUGCUCAAAAUUUUAAACAAGGUAUCAAUGAGUGUCAGUUAAAUGAUUUGUGAUAAGUAUGAUAAGUAUUUAUUUUUCUCUUGUCUAAUUUGUGUUUUCAGAAAACAUUGAGACUUUGUUAAAAUGAUUGGGAUAUUUUCGGAAAAUAUCUUCAUGUUAAUAUUUGUAUUAUUUAUGUUUGAUGUGAGUGUAGCUGUUAUUAUCAUUAGACAAUACUAUCUUGUUUUGGUUUUUAAUGCUGACAAUGUAUUUUAGUUAAUCUGUCUGCUUGUUGAUUUGAUAUAUUGUUACAAAUAUGUUGUAAUCAUUUUUGUCUGAAUUUUGUCAGUAUAGAUGGUGAAUUAUAUAAUCUUGAUUUUCUGUUAAAAUCAUAUUGAAUGGUUUUUAUUACCCGAGUCUCAGUUCAUGUACACAAAAGGUAGUCAUAAUAUUCAAAGGGUAUGAUGAGGAUUUCUUUAUAUUGUAACACGCUUCGAUCCGUUUCAUAUAUACGCUAAAAUAUAUGUAUUGGUUCUUAUUUAUAUUUCAAGAAUAUACCAUCCACUUUUGACUCUGUUCCAUUUCAUGGAAAUAUUUAAUUUAGAAUUUUGAAAAGUCCGUAUACAUUGUUUGACAUCAAUAUACACAUAUUGUAAAUAUUUCACCUUUUUUGGUUUGCUUGGGUGAGACAUCUUCAGAAAAGCUUAUAUUAUGGGUCUUAUGCGUGCCUUUAUAAAUGUAAUGAUAGAAGAGAAUGAGCAUCUUCGUAAAAAAGAAAAAUGAAAAAAAUAGGAUGAGUUGCUUGAAUCCGGCUGUCAGUGAAGUGUGGAUUAAGGUUAUCUUGCUUAACAGAGUCGAGGGUAAUGGGCAAUGUGAUCUGCUUUAGAGGUACAUCUUUCUUUGAGAAUAAGAAAUUUGCAUUAUUGUUGAUCACAAUUGAAGUCCCGUUUAAUUUCAUAAUA